AUGGGUGCCGUAGCCUCGUGCUUCAACACUUUGGUCAAUGCGAUCACCAGCUGCUUCAUGGCUGUUGUUAACGCCAUUGUUUCAGUGGUAAAAAUUAUCGCAGGCGGAAUUGUUUCUUUGUUCUCGGCAUUGGUAUCCUGCCUCACUUGUGGCAAGGCCGGCAAGCGAAGCAAAGCGCGUACGAGCCAUGUAUAA